GACAAGCUGCGUCUCCCGCGUUGUGAACAUCCAGUGUUUGUGAAGGAAGCUUAUGUUGGCCUUUGUUUGCUUCAUGUACUAACACAGUUGCUUCAUCUCAUAGUGAAGUAUAUUCAUCAAGAGGAGGUGGAUAUAUGGACAUUUAAUUUCAAAGGUGAGGCACGAGUUGUGAAGUCUGGCAGGAGGUACGCUUAAGAGCUGUGGCAGCCCGGAGCUUCAUUGAAGACUGGACUGAUACGGUUAGAUAAUAUUCUCCUGUUGACAGGGGAUACUGAAGAUACAGAUAGAAAGAUAAAGAAGAUGAGCUACAACUUCAGAGACCUUGAACGCACAGGAGAGAUGACACCAAUUGGACAGAAAGUGUUGAACAUUACUCUGGAAUCGGAGAUGCUUUCAAGCAGGUUCAGAAUUAAUAUUAGUGACGAUGUUCAAUCGGUUAUUAACAGGAAUCUGUCAGAAGCGGAGACACCUCCAUGUACCCCCUUAACCCCGUUGAGUGCUUGUGGGAGUGAGGGGGACGUCUUCACUUUCAGUCCACUUUCUGAAUCGGAUGAACAAUUAUCUGGGUGUACGCCACACAAAACGAAGCUGUUUGACCACAAGUGUCCAAGAGCUCCAAGAAAACGACAGUCAGGUUCAGACGCAGCCAUCAGCAUCGAUGAACGACGACGUCGACGGCAAGCGGCUAACGCACGCGAGAGGAGGAGGAUGGAAGGUUUGAACGUUGCCUUCGAUCGUCUCCGGGCGGUCAUCCCCGCCAGCAGUGACGACAGUCAACUGUCCAAAUACGACACCCUGCAGAUGGCACAGACCUACAUUCAAACUCUCUCAGAUCUUUUGACCAAGGUUGAAAACUGAACACUGUGCCACCCUGCAAGGGUAUAUACCCGAAACCAACUCUAAACCAGACAGGUGCUCAUAUUGUGAAGCUUUUUUUACUUCCAAAGUAUGAAAGAGUUUGAGGAUUUGUAGACUCCUUUGGUGCGUGAAAUAGAGACUUGCAUUUUUUUGGUCUCUGGUGACUAUUCAUAGACGCUUUUGAGAGACGGACAAAACAAUUUAAACUGCCAUUCAGCAAUAUGAUCCAGCAGAAUAAGAAGAUGAUAUAAUACGCUAUGGUACGCCAUGCUUUGUGUUUGUCUUCAGCGACUGAAGGAGGUGCAGUGAGGUGACACAGACAUCUGUCGUCAUCCUCAUCUUCAUCUGAAGAAGAGCGUGCCGGAUAUCAAAAGUAGGUAUGAACUGGCGCGUGCUUAGUGGAGAACGCUGCUCGUGGCUUGGUGAUGGACGUCCGCGAGAAGACUACAUCAUGCAUGACUGCAGUUACAUCUACAACUUCUUACACGGCGAACAGGCGUUGCAACGCUUACAACUGGUCUUUCUGUGCGUUGGAUGUGAAUGGAGUACUAAGCCUUUGUGAGAGAUGUAGCGACAGGUCCUUUGAAAUGGGAUUGAAUUGCAUCAUUGACUUGAAAUCGUAGCCAAUUUACCAUCCUAGAUUCGGCGAUAAAGUCGAAGGCGGCAGUGAUUUUAUGAAUGUCAGGCUUGGAAGUUAAAACUCGUUGACCCUUCUUUGUGGUUUUGACAUGACAAUUACACUUAUAUUUCUAUGUUCAUAUGUUCUUAUCAAAUCCAGCCAUCUCAACACACCGGGGAAGUGUUUUGAUAACAUACUGUCACGCUGUGACAGGCUGUACCUGUUAAUUCAGUGUGACAGCGAUGAUCUGCUGUCGUCCCAUCUUCAACCCACCUUUACAGAACCCUGUACAGAAAACCGGUAGGGAAACAUUAUCUGCGUGCAUCUUAAGCACACGUACAGUGGUAAUUAUGAUUUGACGUGACAACUGUUAACCCCAGACCUACACAUCAAACAGCUAUAAUAGAUUGUGAUUGGUUCGUCACGGAUGCUCUGUUUGACUUCGAGUGUCACUCAGGCGCGUGACAGGCUGUCGGUCACGUGAUGUCACGUGGCACUAACUAUGAACACUGCCGGCGCAACGUCUGCCCACGCAUACAGGUGUGAUAUGGCAUGUUUUUCGUCUUUGCUUGUUUACUUUGAAGUGGUAUCCGGCUCCUUAUUCUUCGUAUGUAAACUGGAAACCACAAAAUAUUUCAUAAACACAUAUUAGAAUAAUUCAACUGAAUGUAAAGACAGACUUAUAAUAUACCAGGCCAAUGGAUUUUCCUAACGGUAUUCAUGACAAUACUUUAUGUCUCAAUGAUACAUUUUAUAUGAGUAAUGAUACACACUGUCUGAUUAUUGAAAAUCGUAUGUGGACUCGCUAUCCAUAUUGCUCAAUAUUAUAUUUUUUACUCAUGAUUUUAUGGAGGUUUAUAUAUUGUUAUUAAUAAACUAUUUUAUAUAAUUA